AAAUCAAAUUAUUCUGCCCAACAAAAUUCCAGUGGCCAUUCUUGAAAACCAACACAAACAGGUGUAAUAUCGUUUACGUGCAUCCAUUUUGGUUUUUGGCACACCCCGAAUCAAUCAACGUGAACAAUCACGGCAGACGAAUAUUCUUUUAACCUCCAAGAAACGCCCUCCUGCGUCCGUACCGAGAAGUUCUCCGCCAGUCGGCGAAAAUUUCAUCGGCAUUUGGUCGCGGAGAGCCAAACAGACUCGAAGGAAGGGGUGGGGCCACGGGUGGGGUGACACGAACUGUACCCGCUCAAUCAGAGUUGCGCGGGGCGGGCGGCUACCACAUUUGUCGUCGUCGGGGACGGGCGGAGGUUUUUCUUUUUUUUUUUCCCUUCCUCAGCGACGGUGGUGGGAGCAUCCGUGUUGGUCGAGAGGGGCGGCCGGUGGGAGGAGGCAGAGAGACCGCAGCAGACGCGCCGCACUGCCUCUUGACAGCCGCCAGAGUUCGGAAGCAAGCACGCCGCUCAUGGCUACGGUUCGGCGCGACGAGCGGGACCCCGUCGGGGAGCAAGCGGACACUCGGCCCAGACCGUCGGACGACACCGCCAUGACGUCCGUGGCAGAUUACUACGCCGGCAAGAACGUGCUCAUCACGGGGGCCACCGGCUUCAUGGGCAAGGUUCUGGUGGAGAAGCUGCUGCGGUGCUGCCCGCAGGUGCGGGCGCUCUUCCUGCUGGUGCGACCCAAAGCCGGCCAGUCCAUGCAGCAGAGGGUGGACGACAUGAUCAAGUGCAAGCUCUUCGACCGCGUGCGGGAGGACGACGCCCACUUCCAUCGGAAGAUCGUACCCAUCAGCAGCGAGCUGACGGAGCCGGGCCUCGCCAUCAGCCCCGAGGAUGCCGACAAGCUGGCCGCCUGCGUCAACAUCGUCUUCCACUGCGCCGCCACCAUCCGCUUCGACGAGCCGCUCAAGCACGCCGUGCAGCUCAACGUGAUCGGCACCCAGCAGCUCCUCGGCCUGGCCCGGCGCAUGCGCCACCUGGAGGCCUUCAUUCACAUCUCCACCGCCUACGCAAACUGCAACCGCAAGCACAUCGACGAGGUCAUCUACCCGCCGCCCGUCGAGCCCCGCAAGCUCAUCGAGUCCCUCGAGUGGAUGGACGACCGCAUCGUGCAGGACAUCACGCCGCGGCUCAUCGGCAACCGGCCCAACACGUACACGUACACCAAAGCGCUGGCCGAGUACGUGGUGCAGCAGGAGCAGGACAAGCUCAACAUCGGCAUCAUCCGGCCGUCCAUCGUGGGGGCCAGCUGGCAGGAACCCUUCCCGGGUUGGAUCGACAACUUCAACGGGCCCAGCGGCGUCUUCAUCGCUGCCGGCAAGGGCAUCCUGCGCACCAUGCGGGCCAACAACGACGCCGUGGCCGACCUGAUCCCCGUGGACGUGGUCAUCAACCUCACGCUGGCAGCCGGCUGGUACACGGCCGUGCACAAACCCAAAACGGCCCUGGUGUACAACUGCACGACCGGCGGCAUCAACCCGUUCCAUUGGGGCGAGAUAGAGCACCACGUGAUGUCGUCCUUCAAGAGGAACCCGCUGGAGCAGGCCUUCCGCCGGCCCAACGCCAACAUCACGUCCAACUAUCUCAUCUACCAGUACUGGAUCCUGGUCAGCCACAAGUUCCCCGCCCUGCUCUACGACCUCGUGCUGCGCCUGACCGGACAGAAGCCGCAGAUGAUGCGCAUCUUCAAUCGGCUUCACAAGGCCAUCAGCCUGUUGGAGUACUUCAGCAGCCAGGAUUGGGAGUGGAACUCUGAGAAUGUGAACAUGCUGAUGGCGCAGCUGAGCCCGGAGGACCGCAAGACAUUCAACUUUGACGUGCGCCAGCUAAACUGGCCCGAGUACAUUGAGAACUACUGCAUCGGCACCAAGAAGUACGUCCUGAACGAGGACAUGUCUGACAUUCCCGCCGCCCGGCAACACCUGAGAAAAUUGAGGAACAUCCGCUACACCUUCAACACGGUGCUGGUGGUCUUCAUCUGGAGAGUCUUCAUCGCCCGCUCGCAGAUGGCGCGCAACAUCUGGUACUUUGUGGUCAGCCUGUGUUUCAAGUUCCUGUCCUACUUCCGCGCAUCCAGCACCCUGACCAACUGAUGCCGCUUCCUCACACGGGGCGGCACGGGUGCGCCAGCCAUGAGCGUCCUCGGAGCCCGUCCACCCGCGCCCGCAAAGUAUCAUUGAUUCUUGUUUUCCUUCUCUUAAUAUAUGCAACCGAACGCCUUUUCCCGCGCCGCCGCCACUCUUCAUACUUGCCUUCUACUUCUGUUACUUGAAACUCGAUGUCGAGUCAAGCAACUUUUCUUUUUGUGGGACUUGGACUCUUGGUGGAUAUCUGCAGGUCUUCUAUAACGUGUACCUACUGCCUUUUUUUGAAGAUGACGUAUGGAAAAAAAGUCUUCUUUUUUCUCAUCUUCCCCGAAAACCGAUCCGUCGUCUUUCCUGCUGUUUUGAGCGCUCGCCCACAACCUCUUUUUGCCCUCUUUGUACUGACGCUGAGUUUACUACUUUUUCAUCUUUGUACUCAAAGUUUAGCGACCUCAGCGGUGUGUUAGAUACAGAAAAAAAAAGAGUAAGACUCAUUUGUUGAGCCCAGCUUUUCCCAAGACCUCCUGUGAGAAAAGCACACAAAUAGGUACAAAGUCUCAUUAUCGGCUUCCUUCACAUGGGGUUCUAUAUGCGUUAAAGGGAAAUGAACAUAAUGUCUUGUGUGGAUGCGUCUUUCAGUAGUUUAAUAGGAAUAGGAUCAGGGGAAGAAAAUAGUUGGCAUUUUGAUUGGAGUGCAAUUACACGCUUGUUAAUUGAUUUGGUGUGAGAAAAGCAAGAGGGGGCUAACUGGGGGACACCAAUUUGGUCUGAGAAAAUUGAAGAGGGACUAGUACAGAUCUCUGAGGGACAACCUCAUUUCCAAUGUUUUUGUGGGAGGAUAUCAAAAGGGCCCAAGCACGCAUCGUAAGGGACUCUGUUUUGGAUUUUUUUUGUUUUUUUUGUGAGAAAAAUUAAAGGGAAUAACUACGCAUCUAUGAGGGACACCUUCAAACAUGUUUUAAACUUAACCGAGCGGUUAAGUUUAAAAACUCAGACAGGACCUACCGCCGUUCUUUUGAGUUUCUCCUUUGUACGUGUUCUUAAUUUGAAAAAUGUGUAAAUAGUUAUUCUUAUAAAACUACCAAAAAAAUCUAAACAUGUCUUACUAAACAGUGUUGCUGACUCUUGACGCACAACAACGGCGAGCCAUUAUGAGUUAGAGAGAAGAAUGGGAAGAAAAAAAGGGUCACGGGAAAAACAUUUAUGCAAAGUCUGUUUCUGUGUUGUGAUGUGCGCGCCCUCUUUAUUUCCCAAAGAGGAUUACGAGCCAAAAUGUCGUUGGAGGAUCACCGAAGGCCAAACUACUGUUACUGACGACAAUGACCACAAACUUGACCAAUGACUUGAUCCAACUCCAUCAGAUGUCAUAUUCACCAGCGUCUGUUGUUCAUGCUUCAUUGAGUGUGAAAUAAACCAGACGAGAGUGCGCACACACCUGCAGUCCACUUUUGUAUCGGCGGACGCUACAUUAGAAACACCUGCCUUAUGUUUCAUGUAUCCGCAUCUUUUUUCGAAAGACUUUUGUCUUUGAAAAAAGAUGGAUAAUACUCAAAUCCGUUUUAAAAUGUUUGUUUACAGGUGUGUGUAUGAUUGUUGACAUUCAGUGUUUCUGUGUGAGGAUAUAUUUAGCAAUUAGGUGCAGGUGUACCUAAUGAAGUGGCCGUUGAGUGUGUAAUACCGAUUUUCAAUUUUCCGGAUGGAGGAAGUUUCCUAAAGAUUCAAAAUACAAGUUACCACUCUGAAAACGCUUAUUUUGAAACAAUAAAUGCAGUCAAAGAGUA